AAGAGGAAGAAGAAGCAGAAAAAGAAGAAGAAUCCUCCAACUGAGAUGCUAACGGUGUUAGCUUAUCUUUGUCUGGUGUCCUUUUGAGUCCCGUUGUGGUGUCUGAGCUGAAUUUAUGGUUAUCUAUAAUCACAAUGUCUUCACCAACGUGUAAGGAAGAGCUUAGUGACGAUGAAUUAACUCAUGUCGAAGAAACAUUUACGGAACUUAAGGAAAUAAUCGUAAAGUCCGAGGAAGAGAUCGAUGGUGAGCGCAGACUGCUGGAUGUCAACCGGAUACCCCAGAUAAUCGUUCACCAUAUAGAUUCACAGCAUUAUGUUGAGAAGGAGGAGGUUCUUGUUGGCCGGCAGCUUGGGGACCAGGAGAGGAGCGUCACAUUGGACCAGGAGGAACCAGAACCCUUGCAGAUCAAAGAAGAACAGGAUGAGCUAGAACAUCUGGAGAUUAAAGAGGAAGAGGAUGAACUCUGCAUCAGUCAUGAUGAAGCACGAUUUGAGCUGAAGCUGGAGACUGAGACCGUUAUGGUGACUCUUUGUAAUGAGGAAAAACACUACAUUGGACCAGAACCAAAGUGGAACCAGGUCAUCUCUCAGGAUCCUUCUGAAACUGAGAUCCAGCAUCAGGAAGGAAGCAGUGAUGAAGACUCAGAAUCAGAGACAGAUGAAGAAGAGCAAAUACAAAACAAGAGAUGCCAACAUAAUAACAAUGUGUGUUCUUGUGAAAUUGGUGCCGAAUUUACUCCUCACAAUAGUCUUUUGUCUCAGAGCAUGGGAAAUCGCACAAAGGAAAAUCCUUUCUCAUGUGUGACAUGUGGAAAAAGUUUUUCUCAAAAAAGUUUUUUGACCAACCAUGUGAGGGUUCACACCGGUGAAAGGCCUUUCUCGUGUUCAAUUUGUGGAAAAGGUUUUACUCAAAAAAUUCAUUUAACUCAUCACUCCACAACUCACACAGAUGAGAAGCCUUUCUCAUGCUUGACCUGUGGGAAAACAUUUAGGUUCAAAAGCAGUUUGAAUAUACACGUCAGAAUCCACACAGGUGAGAAGCCAUUCCCAUGUAUGACCUGUGGAAAAGGCUUUAAUCAAAAAGGUAAUUUGAUUUAUCACAUGAGAAUUCACACAGGUGAGAUGCCGUUCUCAUGUAGCAUUUGUGGAAAGGGUUUCACUCAAAGAAGUCAGUUACAACUACACAUGAGAAGUCACACGGGUGAAAAGCCUUUCUCCUGUGUGACCUGUGGAAAAAGCUACAGUCAAAAAGGAAAUUUAACUUGUCACAUGAGAACUCACACAGGAGAGAAGCCCUUUCCAUGUCUGACCUGUGGAAAAAGUUUCACUAUCAAAAGUCUUUUAAGCAAACACCUCCGAACUCACACGGGCGAAAGGCCUUUCUCUUGUGUGACCUGUGGUAAAAGUUUCCUUCAAAAGACUCAUUUAACGGAUCACCUGAGGAUUCACACAGGUGACAGGCCUUUUUUGUGUAUGACUUGUGGAAAAGGGUUCCUUCAAAGAACUCAUUUAACAGAUCACAUGAGGAUUCACACGGGUGAGAAGCCUUUCUCAUGCAACACUUGUAAUAAAACGUUUAGCCUAAAAAGUAAUUUGAAUUUACACAUGAAAACUCACACAGAAUAGAUGUCUUCCAAAAAACGUUCAACCAGUACUGGAAAGAUCUGUUAUAAAACACACCAUUUUUCACAUACAUAUGCAAAGUUAUGUAAACAUCUCACCAUCCCAGCCUAGACUCCUAGGAAAAA